CUCCGCUCCACUCAGAUAACGUUGCUGUCGCUUUGUAGUAGCACCAUCCUGUUGUGUUUGCCUCACAUACGAACACAAAAACAUCACAGGUGGGAUUAACGCGAUGGCUGACAGCUGAAACCCGCCGAACGUUUACAGGUAACAUGAUGGAGGUGGCGGGUCCCUGGACAGAAGUAUUCGAGGGUUCGGAGAGGACGGAUGCGUCCGGGAGAGCGGAGACGCUGUUGGGGAGCUCCACUCUGACUCUGGCUCCUCUGGUAGCCGAUCCCCCGUCCGUACGCCGCUCCCAGCCCAUCCUCAUCACCUCAAACAGGACGAAAGGCGAAGAGUCGUUCUCCUCCUCCUCUGUCCCAUCCAUCCCCAACCCUUUCCCCGAGCUCUCCAGCCCUCCGGUGCUCAUCAGCUCUCUUCCACCGCAGUCCAACGACAAACAUCUGAUAAAGGUGUACGGAGAGGACAGCCACAGCCGGUCGGUGUGGGUCGCUCCGAGAGCUACAGCCAGGGAGGUGUGUCACAUGUUGGUCCAGACGGCUCACUGCAGCGAUCAGGAGAACUGGGCUCUGCUGGAGCUCCACCCCGCCCUGGGCCUGGAGAGAUGUCUGGAGGACCACGAGGUCGUGCUGCAAGUUCAGGCCACCUGGUCUCUCAAAGGCGACACGAGGCUCGUUUUCCGCAAAAACUACGCCAAGUACGAGUUCUUCAGGAAACCGACGCUCUUCUUCCCAGAGUGCAUGAUCUCCGACAGUGCCGAUGUCAGCAAGGGGAUGACGUCGUCGGAGCUCAUUCAGGACCUGCUGAAGUCUGGGACGUGUCCAGAGAUCCAGGGGUUCCUGCAGGUUAAAGAGUCCAGUCGUAAGUCCUGGAAGAAGGUCUACUUUUUCCUCCGCCGCUCCGGACUCUACUGCUCCAACAAAGGCUCCUCCAAGGAGCCUCGGCACCUGCAGUAUGUGGCCGAUCUGGAAGAUUUGAACGUGUACACCGUGGUGAACGGCCGUAAACUGUACGGAGCGCCGCUAGACUUCACCUUCUGUAUCAAGCCGUCCAGGAACCCGGUUCGGACUCAGGACUUGAGGAUCUUAUGUGCCGACAACGAACAGACAAGAACGUGUUGGACGUCCGCUUUCAGAUUGUUCAAGUACGGGAAGCAGCUUCAGUGCAACUACCAGUUAUCCAAGUCGGCUGCGAAGUUGAAGCCGCAGAGCCGAGAAGGAACCAGACUGACAGAUGGCAAAUCAAAGUCGGAGGCGAGCCUGGUGGCCAUGGACUUCUCGGGGAAGGCCGGCGGACGGGUCAUCCAGAACCCGACGGAAGCCCAGAGCGCUGAGAGGGAGGAAGGACAAGCCUGGAGGAGGAGGGAAGCCCUGAGGUGCAGUCUGCCCAACCUGAACUCUGGAGCGAGACCUACCUCCAUCCACAAGUCCCAGCCGUGGUUUCAUGGCGGCGUGUCCAGGAAGGAGGCUCAGAGACUGAUAGAGAAGCAGGGCCUGGUGGACGGGAUGUUCCUCAUCCGGGAGAGCCAGCAGCACGCGCAGUGCUUCGUCCUCUCGCUGUGUUACAAGCUGAAGACCAAACACUACCUGGUGAUCCCUUGCGAAGACGGAGGCAGGAAGUACUUCACGAUGGACGACGGCGUGACGCUCUUCAUAGACCUCCUGCAGCUGGUGGAGUUCCACCAAAUCAACAAGGGCAUCCUCCCCGUGUGCCUCAAACACCCCUGCGUCUGUGUAGCACUAUGAAUCCCUUACACUUACCCCCCCCCCCAGUGUGUGUGUGUGUGUGUGUGUGUGUGUGUGUGUGUGUGUGUGUGUGUGUGUGUGUGUGUGUGUGUGUGUGUGUGUGAUAAUGUUAUCAGGGUUGUAAGACGUGGACUCCUGGGAAGUGAAGCAUAUUGUCCGCCCCUCCUCUCUUUAGUGUUUUUAAUUACGCUGACUACACGUGCAGCUCCAGACAGUGGUCGGUUUUUAUUUGUAAUUAACGAGCUGCCCCACCCCCCCGUAGGAGAAUCGGAUUAAUUAGCCACCGAGUUUUAUUGUGGAAAAAAAAGGGGCUUUGAUUCUGAUCCACGCUGCCGGCGAUGAGGGCUGGAGGACGUGCAGGCGUGAUGAGGGCAGCAGGGAGGAUCUGAUUCAGCAGGUCUCAGUGGCGGGCUGCGGCCACCAGGGGGCACUCUGACUCAAAGCUUUCAGCUCUGUAAUUUAAAGAGAUGAACACUGAAGGUAAUUGUGAUAUUGUAAUGAUGAAAAUACCCCAGGUUGCAAUAAUGUAGCAUGUAAAUUCUUGACUGUUUUUGUACAAAAAAACCAAAACAAUCUGAUGUUAAUGACAGUGAUGUUUCUCUCUCGCUAUAUUUGCACAACGAUGGUGACGGGGAACAACAUCGUCUGCUUUAAACAAACCAAAUAUCCAAAUGACCAAAAUAAACCUUUAUUCUUUCCAAUAAGAAAAAAGCAAAAACUGCUGAGGAAGACUGUAAGAUGUGGUUAAAGCUCCGGAAAAAGCUAGUAAGCAGAACUUUUGUGGUAACACUUUAUUUUACAGGUGUGUAAUUUAUAAAAAGAAAAUGUCCUAAUAACUCUGAAGUUUCCUGAGUGGGUUCAAACUAAUUAUAGAUGUAAAGAGACACUGGAACUUUAAUACAAAACACCAAUAUAUCAGAAAUAAACUUUUAUUUGUGUGUAGACGAAGCAGUUCUAAGAAUAUUCUUAUUUUUCCUCUAAUUAAUUAUCUAAUUAAAACUAAAUUAAAGGUAAUUUGGGAAAUGACACACCUCUAAAAUAAAGUGUUUAUUACUGUUUUUUGUCCUCUGUGGUUGUAUAAACAUGUUUUCUUUUAAAAUUUUGAAUAUUUGCACUUAACUGUUUUACAUUUUCCAGUUCCAGUUCUGAAAUGUCAGCACAUACACAAAUUAUUAUUCAUUCAUUCAGUCCAAAGUUUGCGGUUUUCCCUCAUUUAUUUUUAAUCAAACUGGGUUUGUUAGUUUUAUUUGCUUUAAAUGUUUGUUUUUUGCCCUUUUUGGACCUGUUUUAUAUGUUUAAAUAAAUAAUUUCAUAUUCA